AUCAGCAUAGAACUGACAUAGGACGUAGGUUAAGUUUGUUAUGUUUUCCUGUUAAUAUUAUAUUUAAUUCAUUGCUAGCAAUUAUUUCGCAUUGUUAUCGUUUCUAAAUCAUUUCUAUAAAAAGCCUUGUGGUUAGUGCACGCUUGCAUCAAGACACGAUCAAUAUGCAUGCAGACUAUUUGUUUAUCUUAUUGUUUUUAAUUUCCGUCCUUUAUGUGGAUGGACAUCAGCAAAAUAAUUUUUUUCGAAAUGAUUACAAGUAUAUAGAAGAAACGAGAAGCUUCUACAAAAUACAUACGAUGUACAGGUCAUGGGAGAAAGCAAAAAUAAAAUGUUCGCUCGAAGGCGCAAGUUUAUUCUAUGCCGAAGAUGAGAAUGAAGUAGACAUUGUACUUGCUCAUUUGAAUAACACACAGCCUACUUUCGGAUCGGUUUACGUAGGAAUAUCAUCGCAUCUUGCUAAAGGAGUAUUCAAGACUGUUGACGGGGUUGCAGUUAGAGAUGUUUACAACGUGUGGGGUCCUGGUGAACCGAAUGAUAACAAUGGUGAAGAAAACUGCGUUAUACUGCGCAGUGAUGGAACACUGAAUGAUGAGAAAUGUUCCAAUAGGUUUCCGUUUAUUUGUAAGAAAACUUUGCAGUCCCUGAAAUGGAACGGAGAAUGCAACACGCCUUAUUUAGAUUACAAAUAUAACGUAGAUCUGGCCAGAUGUUACAAGUUCCACUUGCACCCGCUGACGUGGAGAGACGCAGUAGAGGCGUGCGAUGCUGAGUUGGCGUACCUGACCAUCAUCAACUCGCAACAAGAGGCGGCCCACCUCGUUAACAUCACUGCGAGCGCGCCCAAAGACGAAGUACACGGGUCGUAUUUACGAGGCGCUGUGCAUUUGGGCUUCAACUAUGAUAAAAUUAAACAGGAUUGGAGAACAUUUACAGGUGAUACAUUGAAGGAGGCUGGCUACGCGGCGUGGGGUGGCGGCCAGCCCGACGGCGGAGAGAACGAGAGAUGUGGCUCAAUGUUCUAUGAUGGAUCUCUGAACGACAUCGGCUGCGAUACUCAUAGAUGUUUUUUCAUAUGUGAAAAAGAAAAUGAAACCCCAAGUUUGGUUGAUGAUAAAAUCAACGAAGUGUAAAAUUAACCAAAACUAUGUCAGUCAUCAGUAAAUUUGUUUUUAUAACAAUGCAUGACAAGAUACCUAAAUUUGUGUUGUAUUAGCAUCUUGUGCGAAAUUAUGAGCCGCCAUAAUGUUUAAGAGAUUUAAUUUUUUUUAAGCGACCGUAUCACUAUCUCAA